AUGCAAAAUUUAGAAAAUGACUUAGUUUUAUCAUCGGAAGAAUCGGAUGAAGAGGAGGAAGAUUUAGAAAUAGAGGAGGAUAGACAAAGGGAAUAUGAGAAGGAAUUAAAACAGAUUGAAAAAUUGGAAAUGUAUAGAAAAAUUAGAUCGGUAAGAAUAGAUGUGAAAGAAAGAGUGGAGAUAAGAAAAUUAGUGCAUGUGUUGAGUGCAAAGUUAGGAAAGGUUGGAGCUAUAGAACAAAUCUGCUUCAGACCAGGAAAUAUAGCGGAGAUAACACUAACAACAAUGGAAGACAAGGAAAUAUUAAUAGGAGAAGAGAUAAUGAUUAAAGAAAAGAAAUGUUUAAUAGAAAGUUUAGAGGCUGAACUGCUAAACAUAACUCUCAAAUAUGUUCCGGGAGAGUAUAACGAAUUUUUGAUUAAGAAAGUCAUGAUGAAUUAUGGAAAGGUAAUAAAAAUAAACCCCAAAUAUCAUCCGGGGGAGCCGAAAAUAAAAAAUGGAACAUUUACAGUGAUAAUAGAAACAAAGAAGAGAGUGCCGAAUUUUAUUGAGAUUUUUGGAAAGCAGAUACAAACUUUCUACCCUGGGAUGAAAGAACAGUGUAGAAAGUGUGGAAGUUUUGAACAUAAAGCAAGGGAAUGUGUAAUAAAAACAUGUCAUAGAUGCGGCGAAAGCACACAUCUAAUAAAAGACUGUAUAAAAUGUCCAAAAUGUUUGAAAGAACAUAAAGGAGAGUGCAGAAAGUUAACUUUCUCAGAAAUUGUAAAAAGAGGAUUUCCAAAAACUGUUAAGAAAAUAAACAGAAAAGAAACAGAUAAGAAACAGGAAAGUGAAAAUAAAGAACAAACGGAAAAUCAGGUGGAGAUCAAAACAGAUACAAAACAACAACAAAAAGAAAAUGAGGAAGAACAACAGGAAGAGGAAAUCAAAACAAUAGAAAAUACAUUAACGAAAUUGGAAGAGAAAAAUGCAGAGGAUAAAAAAGAAGAGAAUAAUGAUGAGGAAGAAGUGCAACAGGAAAUUAUAGAAGAUGAGAAGAAACAGAAAGAGAAGCUACAAGAAAUGACGCAAGAAGAGAGAGAGGAAGGGAUGGAAAUAGAGAGACUAAGUAGUCAGAGUAAUUCUCAGGCUAUCCACGAUGGGUUUGAUUCGUCGUACCGAAGUCCUGAUGCGGCAGCCACCGAUCUGGACGAAUUGAUGGAGGAAAGUGAGGAAACGACAAGGGAGAUGUUUGGAGAGGGAGAAUCUGAAAAGAUACGAAAAUAUUCAUCGAUAAAAUCAAUACGAAUUGUUAGUGAAGAAAGAAUAGAGACAAUGGAACUGAUACAAGUUAUAGAAGAAAAAAUAGGAAGACCAGAAAGUGUAAAACAAGUAUGUUAUCGCCCAAGAGGAAUAGUGGAAGUUGGAAUGUCCAGCGUAGAAGAAAAAGAAAAACUAGUUGGACAAGUAAUAAAGGUGGGAAAUAAAUAUUAUAAUAUUGAAAGUCUAGAAGCGGAUUUAAUUGUAGUUACAAUGCGAUAUGUACCGGUAGAAGUCGAUAGUGAAUUAAUUAGUGAAAUGAUGGGAAAAUUCGGAAAAAUUGUAAAUAUACUUGUAAACAAAUAUCCUAAUACCAAUGUAAGAACGGGUGUCUUUCGAGUGUCCAUUAUUACUAGACGUAGAAUCCCAACCACCAUGGAAAUUUUAGGGAGACGUGUAAUGUUGUAUUAUGUUGGUGCAAAGAAAGAAUGUUAUAGAUGUGGAGAAUUGGAUCAUGAAGCUAGGCAAUGUAUAAUAAAAAAAUGUUAUAGAUGUGGUAGUGGGGAACAUUUGGUGAAAAACUGUGACGCUUGUUAUAACUGUAAAAAAAGACACGAUAAAGGGGAAAGAUGUCCUAUGCCGCUGUUUUCGGAGAUUUGUAGAAAAGGUCCAAGAAAAGUGAGUCUAGAGAGAAGGCGAGAGAGGAGUUUAGACAGAUGGAAAAGGGAAAAGAGUAGAGAAAGAGAUGAGGAGAGAGAUAUAGAGCAGGUUGAGAAAGAAUUGGGUAAAGUAAUAGUUCAAGAGUUAUUGAUAGUGUCAAAGGGAAUAGAAAAAAGCGAGGAGGAGGGAGAAGAAAAUAGUGAUAGAGAAAUUGAGCAGGGGAGAGUACAACAGAUGGUUAAGGAAAUGGAAAAUGAUAAGAGUGAUUUUAGGGAAUCGGAUACAAAGAGAAGUAGGAUAAAAAGGAAAAAUACAAGUAUGAGGACAGAACAAUGUAAAAAGGCGAUAAUAGCCAGAGAACAAAAAAUAGGAGAUAUCGGGGAACAACAAAAAGAACAAAUAGAUAGCUCACAAGAGGAGAUAAAAAAGAAUUAUAUGAUAACUAGGGCGUUAGAAAGAGAAGGAAUAACUAAGAAAACACAGAAAAAGACUGAAAAUGGAUAG